AUGCGCCCCUCUGCUAUCCUCCUCUCCUUCCUCUCUCCAACCGUCACUCUCGCCCUCCCACUUGACGCACCAAUAUUACAACAUAUCCGCAACGUAAAGACCUUCGCAAUUGUGAACGUUGACGGCGGCUAUGCUCCCACCUUUGCCAAUGCAGCACCUCCUGCUCCUCCUGUGACUGUUGUUCAGACAAUCACAUUCGAUGUUCCAGUCGUACCUCCUGCAACGGACAUCGUAGAACAAACAGUGGUGCACACAGAUACCACGACAAGCGAGAAGAUAGCUGUAGCCACACUUGUGCCAUCGACACCUACACCUACACCUACACCAACACCAACACCAACCCCGACCCCUACGCCUACGCCUUUAAGCGCACCGUCCCCUUCAAGGAGCAGGAGCAGUAGUCCCGUCAAAGCGCCCUCAAGCUCAGUCGCUCCACCACCACCGCCACCACGCCCAACAACGCCGACCACGACUCCCACACCCUCACCAGUCCCUCCUCCGGCUAAAACCACGACGAAAGUCAAAACCAAAGUCCACACCGAAGACGUCUCCGCCUCUCCUGCAGCCGAAACGACCGUGUACUAUGACGACGGAGUAUGGAAGACCCUUUACCCGAUAUACUCCUCCUCUGCCGUGGAUGCACCUAGUCCUGCCAAACAGACAUCGCUCCACAGUGCUGCCACGCCCACGCCUGUGCCUAGUGCUGCCGAACCCGAUGAAGAAACGAACGAGGGAAACCCGGAAUCUGACCCGGUCGUUAAUCAGCCGGAGCCUGAGACGGAGCCAGUGCCUGAGCCUGAGCCCGAGGAGCCUGAACCGGAGGAGCCCAAGCCAGAGCCUGAACACGAGAAGCCAGAGCCGGUCGAGCCGGAGACUGAGCAAUCAGAGACUGAGCAGCCAGAAUCCGAACAGCCGGAGCCUGAGCAGCCCGAAUCCCAGGAGCCUGCACCUGAACCCCUGGACGAGCCAUCAGAGACCCCAGUCCCCGCUGCCACCACCACCACCACCAAAAAGCCCACACCCAAACCAACCGAAGAAGCACAGGCCGACACUGUGGAUGUAGAUUCAGCAGCGAAAAUUGCCGCGCGGUCGAGCUCGAUACCUGCUAUGCCUGUGCCGACCCCGUGCGAAACUGGUGGCAAAUAA